AUGAAUAAUGAGCAUUUGCUGAAGGUGGACCCCGUCCCCAAUGUGAUUAUUAAACGCGGCCCUUUAAGAUCUUUUCUCAUAACAGAUCCCUGCGACAAUUUGAGUUCAUUGCGAACAGUCACUUCACCUAAGGAGAAGCUUCUAGUUGCUUUUCUUCUGAUAUUUACUGCUAUCGUUAGACUACGCAAUAUCUCCCUACCAAAUAGUGUUGUUUUUGGUGAAAAUGAAGUUGGUACUUUUGUAUCUCAGUACGUGAAUAACGUUUUCUUCACCGAUGUUCAUCCUCCCUUAGUAACAAUGCUAUACGCAGCCGUGUCAUCUGUUUUUGGAUUCAAAGGAUUUUUCAAUUAUGGGGACAUUGGAACUGAGUACCCCGCAAAUGUUCCAUACAUCGCGAUGAGGUUCUUUUCUGCUACUCUAGGGAUCAUGUCCGUUCUGGUAUUAUACUUAACGCUACGGGUUUCUGGUGUGAAAAUUGCGGUCGCCGCCAUUUGUACUGUAUGUUUUGCAAUUGAGAACUCUUUCGUAACGAUGUCUCGCUUCACCUUGAUAGAGGGCCCCUUUGUCUUUUUCAUGGCAUGUGCUGUUUAUUUCUUUAGGAGAUCGGAACUUUAUUUGCCAAAUUCAUAUAAAGCAAAAAAGUCGUUGGUUGCUGCGAGUAUUGCAUUAGGAUUUGCAGUCUCUUCAAAAUGGGCUGGCCUCUUUACGAUCGCAUGGGCUGGUAUCAUUGUCCUUUGGAGAGUGUGGUUUAUGAUCGGCGAUUUGUCAAAAUCCAUUGGUUCUUCCGUCAAAUAUGUGGCGUUUCACUUUACCUGUUUAUUAGGUAUUCCAACCAUCAUUUAUUUUUUGAUUUUCAGUCUGCAUAUCAAGACAUUAAACGCAAAUGGUAUUAGUAGUAGCUUUUUUCCUGCUGAGUUUAGAAAAACUUUAAAAUUCAAUAAUGUUAUUAAGGAGACUGUAGCAGAAGUAGCAGUGGGUUCUGCUGUUUCAUUGAAUCAUGUUGGAACGGCAGGCGGUUAUUUGCACUCUCAUCUCCACAAUUAUCCAGCUGGUUCCAUGCAACAACAAGUUUCUUUGUAUCCUCACUUCGACCAAAAUAACAAAUGGAUUAUCGAGUUAGCUGAACGUCCAAAUGAUAAUGUCACAAGUUUCCAAAAUUUAACGGACGGUACCAUAAUCAAACUAAGACACCUUAGAACCGGCUGCAGAUUACACUCACAUGACCACAAACCUCCUGUCUCUCAAAAUGCGGAUUGGCAAAAAGAGGUGUCUUGCUAUGGCUAUGAAGGGUUCGAAGGUGAUAUAAAUGAUGAUUGGAUUAUUGAAAUCGAUAAAAAAAGAUCAGAACCUGGCCCUGCCCAGGAACAUAUUAGGGCUAUCGAAACCAAAUUCAGAAUAAAACAUUAUCUAACUGGUUGUUACUUGUUUUCACAUCCUGAAAAACUUCCGGAGUGGGGAUUUGGACAGCAAGAAGUUACAUGUGCAUAUUUUGCAAGAGAAGACUUGACUUCAUGGUAUAUUGAAGAAAAUGAAAGCGAGGUUUCUCUACCAAAUCCAGAGAAGGUCUCUUAUAAAAAAAUGAGUUUUUGGCAGAAGUUUGUUGCUAUUCACAAAUUUAUGUUUUACCUCAACAAUUAUAUGGAUACUAGUCAUGCCUACUCAUCUGAACCGAAGACUUGGCCCCUUAUGUUGCGUGGUAUUGAUUUUUGGAAUGAAAACGGUAGAGAAGUAUACUUUUUAGGUAACGCUGUUUUGUGGUGGUCUGUUACGGCAUUUAUUUGUACAUUCAUCAUUGGGGUAGCCGUUGAACUUCUUGCAUGGAAAUUAGGUGCGAACAUUUUACAGAAUAAGCAUAUCAUAAAUUUCCAUUACCAGGUCUUCCAGUACUUAUCAGGCUUUGUCGCCCAUUAUCUCCCUUACUUCUUUGCGGGGCAAAAGUUAUUUUUGUAUGACUAUUUACCGGCCUAUUAUUUUGGUAUUCUGGCUUUUGGUCAUGCUUUAGACCUAAUUUCAACCUACAUUUCUAACAAAAGAAACAAUACUGGUUAUAUAGUGGUGGUUAUUUUUACGAUUGCAUGUUUUCAUUUCUUCAACGAGCAUUCACCACUAAUUUAUGCUACUGGAUGGUCGAGUAACUUGUGUAAGAGGUCCAAGUGGUUAGGAAGUUGGGACUUCUAUUGUAAUUCACUAUUACUAGCUGAUAGUCACUAUGAAUUAAACAUUGAAUAG